AUGGAUAGCCGUCAAAAGAGAGCAGUCCAUGCAGUAACCCUACCCUAUCCUGAUCAGAAAUGGCCACAGCUGUCCCGAGAACAUGAGCAAGCCGCCAUUAGCCUUCUCCUCCCAUUACUACAGCCUGUUGGCGACUUUAGACGAGAUCAUGUUCGACGAUCCAGAGGCAAAGGACGAGCUGGGAAGAACAGAUCCAUACAAGAGCAAACCACAGACCAAGAGCAGAUGCCCGAGAUACAUGGUCACCUCACCGUAGGAUUUAAUAGUACCAUUCGAAGACUUCAAGCUCUAGCCAGCCACAGGGAGCCUUCCUCUCUUCAUCCUACAAAAUCAAACCUCAAACAAUCCCCAGACCUUCCUGCAGCACUCUCAGCAGUGUUUGUUUGUCGCGAGAAUCUCCCCGACAUAUUAACAUCCUCCCUGUCCCUGCAGGUUGCGACUUCUGCUCCUCAAUCGACUCGCGCUAAGCUAAUCCCUGUCUCCCCGCAGUCAGAGACGAAGAUAGCACGAGCACUAAACCAGCCUCGCGUGGGCUUACUCGGUGUGCAAAAAGAUGCUCCUGGUUCCGACGCUUUGUUGCGCUGGGUGGCGGACAAUGUGGCCUUGGUUGAGAUUCCCUGGCUAGAGGAACUGUCGAACUCCACAUACUUUCCGGUCACUGUGAAGACUUCUGAGGCGGCGAAAAAUCAAAAACACAUGACUCGGAAGAGGAAAGCAAAGGAGAUAGGCGCCGGAUAG